GGUUGUUGGAGAUGGACGAGAAUCCAACGUCAAAAGGAGGUUCUAAGCGGCAGGGUUUGAGCGGCCAUGGAAAAGUCUCCUGUCCCUCCUUUUUGCACCGCCACCUACCCAAACCCUAGCAACCACCGCCAUGUCCUCUCCCCAUCCGCAGCCCUCCGAAUCUCCCUCCGCAACCGACCCGGAAGUCCUCGGGAGCGACAUUCCUGGCGAAGCUUCGGAUCAUCCGGAGCGAAGUGGAGAAGAAGGCGCGGAGGAAGGAGAUGAGGGAGGAGAAGAAAAAGAAGGGGAAGGGGAGUGCGCGUUCUGCUUGUUCAUGAAAGGCGGCGGGUGCAGGGGCGAGUUCGUCGCGUGGGAGACGUGCAUCCGGGACGCGGAGAGGAAGGAGGAGGACGUCAUGGACAAGUGCUUCGACGCGACGGUGGCGCUGAGGAGGUGCAUGGAGGCUCACUCCGAUUACUACGAGCCCAUCCUGCGCGCCGAGAAGGAGGCGGAGGAAGAGGUGGCGAGGGAAUUGGAGGAGGAGGAGGAGAAGGAAUCGGGGGCGAAUUCUGUCGCCGGAUCGGAUGGUUCGGCGGGGGGUAUCGGGCGUUCUGAGGAUUCGAGGGAGCGAGAUGGGUCGGGAGAGAGAUGACGGCGCAGGCACGACUCCUCAAUCAAGUCUAGUGGAGAAUUUGAUGGGGAGAUUGGGAAGAGAUGAAAAUCAAAUACAAUUGUUCAUGUCUUAUGGGCUACUGGAAUGAGAUCUUCCAUGCAUAAAUGAAGAUUUGAGUUGCCAAGACUCAUCGUAUUUCUCGACAUAUUAUCUAUGACUGCAUUGUAUUACUUUGGAUUCGUAUUUUGCUAAGGCCAUUUGGGUGCUGUUCUUGUUUUC